AUGAAGCCGAAGCGGCGAGCGCCGCAGAGAGUGCAGCGGAAGCCCAGCACGGUGGCGAGCGUGGGCGGCGGCAGCUGCAUGCGCUUCUUGUUGCUCUUCCUCGCCGCCGCCGUCCUCUUCUGGGUCCUCUCCUCGCGCUCCGAAGCCAUCGCGUCGUCGCUGAACGCCCUCAGUCGACGCGCGAAAAUAGCCGGCGGCGGGGACAAACCCCUCGUUAGAGACCUCCUCGGUACUGGAGCCGCGGGGGCGACAUCUAUAGACGUAUUUGCGAGCGAUUCAUUGGCCAAUGAGGAACCGGUGCCGCAAAUAUCGCUAUCAGGAACGGACGGGCAGGGGGAGGAACCAGAUCUCGCGGGGACGCUGGAUUCGGAGGAUUUGGGAGCGGUGAGCGCGGCGCAGAACACGCAAGAAACCCCCAGCGAGCGAGGCAAGGCGGUGGCCGACGCGGUAGAAGAUACGACGAGGAAUGAGGCGGCGCGUAGAUCAGCAGACGAUGCACCGCUUGUCAAAUCUGCGGGUUUGCGGGGCGAUGGAUUGUCAACGGGAGAUAAGAAGUCAGAUGCGAUCAGCGAGAAGCCGCGACCUGCUGCUAAUGUGAUCGUCAGCGUGACGCAGCCCGCCGGUGUAACGAAACCCGCAACGAUGAAACGGAAAAAGCGACGAGUGAAAGCGCCUUUAGCGCGGUGGGCGCCGCUCAACGGCAAGUAUCCGGAUCUGACAAUAGCGAAGCCGAAGCGCAAAGUUCUAAAGGUUAACAUCGACAAGAAGAACCUGCAGCGGGUGUACUUAGACGCGACGCGGUUCCAGGAGAACAAUCCGAAGAAGGUAGAUCCACCUUUCGAGGCGAGUCGCGGUCCGGAGUGCCCGACGUUCGAGUACGGUUACGAGGGCUUCCCGGGCAUCGCGUCCCAAGUGCUGUUGCUACUCAACAUGUAUGUGGACGUGACAGGGCAGGGGUUGAACCUUCCCACACACCUUCCCCUUCCUCUUCCAGCCGUUAUCCCUUUUCUCUUCCUCGUCACCCCCACCCACCAGUUGCUGCUGCUGCACAAUGUGUACAUGAGCGUGGAGGGCCAGGAGUUCAACGCCACACAACCUCACUUGACCCCCCCUUCCCCUCCGCCGCCCUCCUCACCAGGUGCUGCUGCUGCACAAUGUGCACAUCAAGGUGGCAGGGCAGGUGUGCUGCUCUUGCACAACGUGCUCAUCAACGGGGUGGGCCACGUGUUCAACGCCACAAGUGCACCUAACCCGUAUUUCUUCCCCUCGCCCAUCUCUCCCUUUUCUCCCCGGCAUCCCCACCAGGUGCUGCUGCUGCACAACGUGUACAUCAACGUGGCGGGCCAGGUGUUCAACGCCACGCACCUCUUUGACCACAACGCCUGCGCCGCCGACUCACCCUUCCACUACACCCCCGGCAACACCCAAGUCUCCUCCUUCCCCUCCCUCAUCUCCCUCGUCGACUGGUUCGGGUGGUCCGCGCGAGCCUACAUGCUAGACCUGGUGCCGUCUAUAGUGACUCUCGACACAGUGCUGGCGCUGUUGAAGGGGGAGGGAGUGCCGGUGGCGCUGGGGUUGCGGGACCGGCAUGUGAAGAAUCAGAUGGAGCAGGCGACGGGGCUGGGGCACUGGGAGCUGGUGGGGGUGCGCCUGGAGAGGAUGAACCCGCAGAUUCUCAAGGAGGGCGAGCUCUUCUUUGCUGAACGCCUCAUUCUCCCACUGAAGCAGCGGUGUGGGCGGCCCAGCAGGGCCAUGUGGUCGUACCUGCGCCACCGCAACCUGCUGCCCAAGCCGGGCCUCCCCAUCUACCGCCAUGAGUUCAAGCCAACGUACCGCAGGCGCAAGGGGGAGGAUCUAUCAGCGGGCAGCGACUGGAUCGUGGUGGUGGCGAUGCGCGACGAGUGGAAGCCGCUGGUGCAGACGCUCAAGCUGACACAGCAGCUGCUCAAGUGGCUGCCCCAGGACCGCAUUGUCACGUACCGCGAUGGCUCGCUGCCCUUUGGCAAGCGCAAGGAGCUCUUCAACCGCGCGAGACUGCUGGUGGCGGCGCAUGAUAACGUGCUGGCAGAUAUGGUCUUCAUGCCCGCUGGAGGGGCAGUGGUAGAGAUCAGGCCAGAGGAGGAGGCGGACCCCACGUUCCACCACCUGGCGGACGCGUGCCAGCUGGACUACUACCUGCUCUUCUCAGACGGGCGCAAGGCGGACGGCAAGAAGGGCGGCAAGCCCAAGGUGAAGGACCCCAAGGUGGUGCACAAACUGCUGGAGAAGAUUGCAAGACGGAUACGGAAAGUGUAA